AUAAUAAAUGCUUCCAACAAACGAAAUAUUAACUAUAUUCGAUGAUUAAUUGGUGAACAUUUAUUAUUAUUAAUACGGAUCGAUCGAUUUUCUUUAUUUGCCUCGGUUUUUUUUCGGAUCUUAUUUGGAUUCAGAUAGUGUAUUAUCCGGGUGUUAACUAAGGAAAAAAUGCAAUCAAACAGCUAUGUCAAUGAUGAUGUUAUUGAUGUUGGUGAUCAACAACAACAACAACAAAAACAGCUAAAAAUAUUAAAUAAUCAACAACAACGAAAAAAAAUCGAUUUCUGUCAAAUGGAAACAUUUAAAAAAUUUCAAAGUCCAUUUUAUUGUGUUAUUAGUAAUGAUGAAUAUGAUUUUAUUUGUCAUACAAUAUUUAUAAUGGCAAUGUCGGAUUAUUUUCGUUCAAUGUUUGAUCAAACAGAAGAUUAUUAUGAUUAUUUAUUAUUGUUGAAUGAAGAUAAAAAUGGUAGUAACGAAUAUUGUAGAAAAAAGAUUCCAAGGAUUUAUUUGAAGCAAUUUGAUAGCUAUUCAUUAGAAUCAUUCAUCAAAUUCGCUUAUACAUUACGAUUAGAUAAUAAUGAUAUUGAUUCAAUGGAAUUGAUGAAAAAAUUACUUGAAUUUAGUAUCUAUAUUAACUGUGUUGAAAUGAUAAAUUAUUUGGAAAUGAAAAUGAAAAAAUAAAGAAUUUUGAAUCGAAAAUGUAAAUGAAAAC